CGAUCACCGAAAAAGGCAAGUUUGUUUAAAAUCAAGGGACGAUGCUAGUCGAUAAUUUUAUUGAAGGUUGGUCGGUUCGUCGCUUGCCACUGUGACUAGCGACAACGAACGGGUUGCCGUCGUUGUUAAACUGACCCAUCCCGAAGCUGGUCUUCGCAGCGUGCAUGCCACAGACGUGCAUUCGUCACGACUAGUGUAACGUUCAUCCCGGAAGAGUCAGUAACGGUUCAACGUUCUUCAUCUUUGUCGACACUAUGGCAGACCUGUCACCUGGCUUGGGCAUGAUAAGCACACGCACAUCGCGGUCCUCGAUGUCUAGCAAUAUCAAUGCCUUCCCACUCAUGCGUCGCACAUCUGAGAGUAGUACACCGUCAACGCCAUCCACACCGUCAAGCAUUCCAUCCUUUCGCGCUAUCCGCAAUCUCCUCCCCUUUGGAAAUAGCAAACCAGUCUUGCCAGCUCAGCCCACAACACAAACAAAGCACCCAUUCCACUUUGCUUCUCUCCGUCGCUCCAGUGAUCGCAAACCUUCCCUUUCUUCUGUCCGCGACCAUCAACGUGAUCCGGAUAAUCCCCCUGUCAUAUCUAUAUCACGUCUUGAUGCUGAAGAAUUUAAUGCGCACAAAAGGAGCUAUGAUCUUGUCCGCGCUGCUUCAGCCUCCGACAGUCUCCUUCCUUCACUCUGUGCGACUUCCCAGUCCCCUGAUGACGAGAUGUAUGCCAUACAUCCAUGCCCCGCUGACCUUAGCACCAUCCUCGAAGCUGACAACUCGGGUAUCUCGAAAUACAUCCCCUCCACAAGCCCUUCCCCAUCUCCCUCCCCUACUUCGCCACACACUUUCUUUCCAUCCAAGGUCACAUUCUUCCCCCCACCAUCUCAAAGCACCAUUCUCAUUUCCAAAGACCGUUCUGCCUCUCAAACUUCUUGUGAUCCCUCUCCCACCGCAUCCAAUCUCGAUCUAUCCCUCUCAAAAUUAUCCGCCGAACUCCAGGACGCUCUAUCCCCCACUACUGCCGACGGUUGGUCUAGCGCUGUUGUGGUCGAAGAUGCAGAUGUGGCUCAACAACCAUCCUCGACACGGGGAAAAAAACAUGGGUUUGACAGUAUGGAUACGAUUUCGUGUCUCCCUCAGUUUUCAGAUCCAGAUGCAACCUUUGACUUCAGUGCGCUCGAUCCCGACCUUGCUGAGUUACUCAGCCCUCAUCGCUCGCCCAGCAAGGACAUAGGAGAAUCAGCCACCGAUAAAGUGGUAUCUAACGAGUCCAUUAUUGCGCCAUUCCCAGUUGCAGCUUCAACAAUUCCUCAAACACCUGGUCCUCGACUGCACUCCGCGCCUUUAGCUGAACGAUAUACUACACCAGGGUGCUCUUCUGUCGAACCGCUAUCACGAGACCCAACGACACCUCUAUCCCCGAGCAUACGGACAUCAGCAGUCCCUCAGCCAGAUACACAAUCCCUAGUGUCGCUGGGAUCCAGACCCUCACGAGAAGUUGCACGCUCUCCAGGACCUACGCAGCUCCCUAUUCCCCGUCCCUCUCUAAACAUGCGUCGGCCACCGUCGCAUUUGCCAAGGCUCAUGCGGAGCUUCACUUCUACUUCACCUUCGAUCGCUGGGAGCACACCAGGCACAUCUUUAGAAACAGCUACAGGAACACAGAGGCGUCAGCCCCCGUCUCCUUUAUCGGCUGGGCAGGUCACAGCGGACACAGUGAUGCGAUCGUCAUCGGAUACUACAGGGUUGAGGGUAUCUUCGGACACAUGCGUACCUCGUCCAUCAGUAGACAUCAACGUCAACUUCACGCCUCGCUCCUCUUCCGAUAUCGGGACAAGGGAUACUCGCACUGGAUCGGUUGAGAGACACAUAUCCUCGUGCCCAAAUGUUAACGUUGUGCCCACUGGAAGAGUGCCGCCUCCGGUACCCUAUAUCACUACAACCCUUGUACCCACUUCUACUACGCCCUCCAGUCUUAGUGCGUCUCCCUCAACCACGUUUACCUCCUCACCCUCCGCUACCACUACUAGCACAAACCCAAGGACUCCCACAUCUAGCCCUCCCACAAAUACAAGCACCCCCCAUGACCCAGCCCAUCUCCGUCGCCGUCAUCAUCCCCACCUCUUUAUCAGCCGGAAGAGAAGCUUAAGUGUUGACGAGCCUUCAUCCUUAUCUGCUCAAGUUGAGAAACAGGGAUCAAGCGUGAGCAAUCGUCUCAAUGGCGCAGGGAGGUUUGGGCUUGGUGUAAGGAACGGAGUUGGAGAGAGAGCAGGCAGAGUCAAGCUUACUUCUGGAGAAAAUAGACUUGUGUCUUCUCCCCUCACCCGCAGCACGCAUACACCAGGACCUCCAACCAUGGAAUGGCUUGGUCCGAGGACUGUCAAAGCAUUUGCUGCCGCUGGGUUGUUCGACGGCGAACGAGAAGAGACUGGUGCAAGAUUCGAACGAGAGAGGGCUGGAUCCGUCAGUGUCAACCGAUUUGAGCAGGAUCGAGAAGGCGCAAGUUCAGUGCUGAGUCGGUUUGACCGUGACCGUGAAGGCGCUACUUCGGUGAUGAGCCGGUUGGAUCGUGAUCGUGAAGGCGCUACUUCGGUGAUGAGCCGGUUGGAUCGUGAUCGUGAAGGGUCUCUUGGUCGUUAUGAUAGAGAUCGUGACUAUUCGACUAUCAACCGUUAUGCUUCCUUGCGGGACCAUGCCCCUUCCCGUGCGGCAUUUUCGGAGGCUGCGAGCACGUCUUCGUUGGGCACGAGGAGCGCGUGUACGGCAGGGAAUGCUGGUGCUGGAUGGAGCCCGAGCCCGACGUUCUCGAGUGCCGCGAGGACUACGUUCUCAGGGAGCACAGCCCCUACGAGUGUAAGCAGUGGUGUGGGAUCAGGGAUUAGCGCUGGGGCUGGGGCCGCAGCUGGCGUUGGGAAUGCAAUGGGAGCCAACGUCCGGACGCUCCAAGAAAAGCAUUGUCUGGAGACCUCCGCACUCCUGAAUGCCCUUGCGGAUUCCCAGGAGGCGUGCAGGAGACUGAGGGAGGAGAAUGAGAUACUAAGAGAACGAUUGAGGGUGUUAGAAGCUAUGGCGAAUCAGGAUAGAGAUGAUGUGGGCUUGGGCAGGGGCGUAGGAUUUGGCGUACUUAACCGGGACGAAGAGGAUGGGUCCGAUAAAACACAUCGCUGCUAUCAAGACUUCGAGCGCUUGCCUCACAAACAUCUUGCUUCUCUCCGCAUCUCCCCUGCCCAUCAAUCACAAGCGCUCACACCUGUCCCCCAUAGACCUCUUAUCCAACGAUCACACUCGCAUCUCCCGCAGCAUAGCAGACACCAUACUGUAUCCACCAAGGCGUCUUUCGAUUUCACAUUCGGACGGACCCCCUCCCCGUCGCGGUCCACGCAAUUAAGACCUCCUUCUCCGCAGCAGAAACAGUCCCAACCUACACCUUCAUUGUCCAUACAGCCUCCUCUCUCCCCACAGAAGAGUCAACUACAGAGACAAAGACGCGCAAGCACAUCCUCGAGCUUGUUUCCUGCUCCACCGCCUGAAAUGUCGAUGUUGAUGUUGGAGGAUGUGGGGUUAUCCAAUGUGAUGAGCGAGUCACCACCUUCUCCUGGCGGUUCCUCCCCUGUUGUUAAAAAAUUGGGGCAUAGACAUUCGCAUUCCAUGAUUCCUCAUUCACAUCCCUUCUAUGCCCCUCAGUCCUCUUACUCAAGUCAAUCUGUAUCGUUCACCUCCUUCGCAUCGACGGGCACAGUAGCCGCGAGCCCAAGCACUGCGACUUUCUCGAUGACAGAAGGUCCCGGGUCUCCGAAUAGUCUACAAUUACGCCCCGAACACGAGUUACACCUUGGGGAUAUGACAAGUUUGAGUCUAUAUGCUAUGAGCGAUGGGGAGGGGGAUGAUGGGGAUGAGGAGGUAUAAAUUAUGCUUUUUGCCAGCAAUGGUUCUUCGAGGUAUGGUUGCCUCCUGAUAAUUAUGUUUCACAUGCGCUAUGCUCUAGGAUCUUCGUCGUUCGUUCGUUUCUAAUCCGUGUUUCAUUCUGUCUUGGCGCUUUUCUUGCUUUCAUCUUCUACUUUUUGUUCGUCUUUCUGCAUUUGCUUCUGCUCUCGUGUACUGCGGAUUUGAUCCCACAUAUUCGCUAUUCAUUGUAGAAUAUACCCAGGUUACAAUAAUUGUAUAUAGAUACCCUCCAUCACUUGGUAAUGAGAUGCCGUUGAACUCUGACUCAUUCAUAAUGACGGAUAAAACUUACUGCGUACAAUGAAUUAUAUGUCAGCUGCUGCCGCGUC